GUGCUUGCCCGCCGUGGCUUCAUGCGGUUUCUCUACCUCGAGGCGCUUCAGCUGCUUGGGGGCCGCGAGGCCACACUACUUACGGCAGCCGGGCGUGGGAAAUUCGCCGUGCCUGACGACUGCACUUUCCACCUCUACGUGAGCACUGCGCCCUGCGGCACGGCAAGUUGCACACGCGCCGGAAGCAAAGCCCCGAAGGCGCCUGAGACUUUACACGCCGCCGGAGAGGGCGCUCCUCCCUCGGCGCCGCAGUCUUCGGGUGAGGCAGCUCCUCCUUGGUUCGUCAAAGGAAGCGGGGACCCAGAG